AUGGCCGGCCAUGUCGCUUCGCUGCGCGAACAGAUCGCUAGAGCAGAGACUCAUCUGCAAAGCCUACGACAGCAACUAACAGACGCAGAAGAGCGGGCAAGUCGAGCCAGACAGCUAGAGCAAGCUUACAGCGGAGGCUUCCCUCCAGAAUGGAUGCAGGAGACGCUGUGGCCUUUGAGCGCGGAAGAAUACAAACGCUACGGCCGUCAAAUGAUUAUGCCCGAGAUUGGACUACACGGUCAAAUCCGCAUGAAGAAAGCAAAAGUCUUGAUCGUAGGCGUAGGAGGACUGGGCUGUCCAGCAGCGGCAUAUAUUGCAGGAGCAGGCGUCGGCACAAUCGGUCUCAUGGACGGCGACGUGGUGGAACUGUCUAACUUGCACCGUCAAGUCGCGCACAGCACAUCAAGACUCGGGAAGAGCAAAGUGGACAGCGCGCACGCAUAUCUAUUCGAUCUCAAUCCAGUCGUGAACUACAAUCUCCACCCCUCCCACCUAACUCCAACCACCGCCCUCCAAAUCUUCGCUGAAUACGACCUCAUCCUAGACUGCACCGACCAUCCCACCUCCCGCUACCUCAUAUCCGACACCGCCGUGCUAGCCGGUAAACCACUCGUCUCGGCCUCCGCACUCCGCACCGAAGGCCAGCUCAUAGUCCUCAACAACCCUCCCUCCCGACCCGGCGAUCCGAGCGGAGGUCCCUGCUACCGAUGUAUCUGGCCCCGUCCACCUCCCGCCGAAAGUGUGGUUUCCUGCGGCGAAGGCGGAGUACUAGGACCAGUGGUGGGCACAAUGGGCAUAUUACAGGCUUUGGAAGCGAUUAAACUGCUCGCUGCCCCGACGCCGGAUCCGCUGGACGAACUGGAGAUGUUGAUGGCUGAUCCUACUCCUCUACCUCCUAGCCCGACACUGCUUAUGUUCUCAGCAUAUAACAGCCCGCCAUUUCGGAGCGUGAGGAUGAGAAGGAGACAUGCGACGUGUGCUGCUUGUUCGUCGGUCGCUACAAUAACGCCACAAAGUCUGCUGGUAGGGUCGAUGGACUACGCAGCCUUUUGCGGGCUCACACGACCCGUCAAUCUCCUCGCUCCCGAUCGAAGGGUUGCGGCGUGGGAGUUUGCGAGAUUACCACGGGACGGCUCGAAUGUUCUCAUCGACGUACGAGAUGAGACACAGUAUAAGAUGUGUGCGUUGCGAGGGUCGCUGAAUGUACCUUGGACUGGAGACGGAGGAAGCUGGGUGGAAAAAGCGGUACAGAGUGGUGCGCUUGCGGGGCAAGGCCCGAGUGACUAUUAUGUGGUAUGCAGAUUUGGCAAUGAUUCGCAAAUGGCGGCGAAGGCGAUUGAAGAUGUAUUCGGCCUUGAAGGAAAUGGUAUGAGGGUGAAGGACAUCAAGGGCGGGUUCCGGGCAUGGAGGGAAGAAGUUGAUCCAGAGUGGCCGGACUACUGA